AUGGAUUGGAAAACCUUCGAAGCCCUCCUGAGUGGAGUGAAUAAGUACUCCACCGCCUUUGGCCGAAUCUGGCUGUCUGUGGUGUUUGUUUUCCGUGUCAUGGUGUUUGUAGUGGCUGCUGAGCGAGUGUGGAGCGAUGACCAGAAGGACUUUGACUGCAACACCAAAUCGCCUGGUUGCUCAAAUGCUUGUUACAACUACACCUUCCCCAUCGCUCACACAAGGCUCUGGGCUUUGCAGCUCAUCUUCGUUACCUGCCCCUCUUUCCUGGUGGUGAUGCACGUGUGGUACCGCGAGGACCGGCAACGCAAAUAUCGCCUCGCGCACGGUGAAAAUGCCCGUCUCUAUGACAACCCCGGUCAAAAACACGGUGGCCUGUGGUGGACGUAUCUUUUCAGCCUCUUCUUCAAGACGGCCAUCGAGGUGCUUUUUCUUUACCUGCUGCAUCUGAUCUACAACAGUUUUAACAUGCCUCGCAGAGUGCUCUGUGACGUCGCUCCUUGUAGGCAGGUUUACUGCUAUAUAGCGCGCCCAACUGAAAAAAGAGUCUUCACAUACUUCAUGGUGGGGGCUUCAGCUGUAUGUAUUGUGUUAAACCUGUGCGAGAUCUUUUACUUAAUUACGAAAGCUCCCUCGCAGUACACAAAAAAGGCAGGAGAAGCUACACUGGGAUGCUUUAAGUGAAGCAGAGCAGAGUGUGAAGUCUUUUCUCUUCUUUUUCUUCUUCUUCUGUCACGAAUACCACAAAAGAAGAUCAAAGCAGUGAAAAUUUCUGCACUCCCUCAUUCAAGAGUGUAAAGAAGCCCUUGGUGUUGGCUCGCAGAGUGAUACCUCUCUUUUGGAUGAAAGAAGAGAUUUGACUUUGAUAAAGAUACUCACAUUGAUGAAUUAAACUAAUAAAAAAAGUA